AUGGUUCUUGAGGAGGCUCGGGCGACGAUAGUAGAGCACGAAUGGAGAUGUGCCGAGUGGUAUGUCACCUGGUACAACAGAGUGUCACACCCGUACAUGCUUCCCACCGCACCUGGAGAUCCGCCCAAAUCAGCCCACGAGGAGAUUCUGCAUACUCAUCAGGCUAAGUUGGACCACACUCAGGAUCUUCUUCCCCGAUAUCGUCAAAUAGCUGACACGGACCUGGUAGCCAUUUCAGAUGGUUUAUCCUAUGAGGGGUCUGAGCAAAGGCAUGUGGUGGAUGUUAUGAUUAGGCUGACACAAAAAGCAUUUAUGUAUAGUAGACAUUGUGUCAGGACUGUUGGGGCACUUAAUGCUAGAGGCAGAGCCACCAGAGGGCGUGAUGGAUGCAGACGCGGAGGCAGGGCCAGAGGCAGAUGA